AUGGCAACCUUUCUGGAGUUUAUUCAGCAAAAUGAAGACAGAGAUGGAGUCCGGUUCAGCUGGAACGUUUGGCCAUCCAGCCGUUUGGAGGCCACAAGAAUGGUGGUGCCAGUAGCCUCCCUCUUCACACCAAUAAAAGAGAGGCCAGAUCUGCCCCCUAUUCAAUAUGAGCCUGUCCUCUGUAGCCGAACCACCUGUAGAGCUGUUCUGAACCCUCUUUGUCAAGUGGAUUACCGGGCAAAACUCUGGGCUUGCAAUUUCUGUUAUCAGAGAAAUCAGUUUCCUCCAACAUAUGCUGGCAUCUCUGAAAUGAACCAGCCCGCAGAACUCCUGCCACAGUUCUCCAGCAUUGAAUAUGUGGUCCAGCGAGGUCCUCAAAUGCCAUUAAUCUUCCUUUAUGUUGUGGACACAUGCAUGGAAGAUGAAGAUCUUCAGGCUCUGAAAGAAUCAAUGCAAAUGUCUCUUAGCCUGCUCCCUCCAACCGCUUUGGUGGGACUCAUUACCUUUGGUCGCAUGGUCCAUGUACAUGAACUUGGCUGUGAAGGCAUCUCUAAAAGCUAUGUUUUCCGUGGAACCAAAGAUCUGUCUGCAAAACAGCUUCAGGAAAUGUUAUCUCUUACAAAGGCUCCUGCUGCUCAGCCAGGACGUGGACCACAAGUUCAGCAGCCUCCUCCAUCAAACAGAUUUUUACAGCCAGUUCAAAAAAUUGAUAUGAAUCUUACUGAUCUUUUGGGGGAGCUCCAGCGAGAUCCAUGGCCUGUCCCACAGGGCAAGAGACCUCUGAGAUCCUCAGGGGCUGCACUUUCUAUUGCAGUUGGACUUCUUGAGUGCACCUUUCCUAAUACUGGGGCUAGGAUCAUGAUGUUCAUUGGAGGACCAGCCACACAAGGCCCUGGUAUGGUUGUGGGGGAUGAGCUGAAGGCUCCCAUCCGUUCCUGGCAUGAUAUUGAAAAGGACAAUGCAAAGUACGUGAAGAAAGCAACAAAGCAUUUUGAAGCUUUGGCAAACCGUGCAGCUGCCUCUGGUCAUGUAAUAGACAUCUAUGCCUGUGCUUUAGAUCAGUCUGGCCUCCUGGAAAUGAAAUGCUGUCCAAAUAAUACAGGUGGUUACAUGGUGAUGGGAGACUCCUUCAACACCUCCCUUUUCAAACAGACAUUUCAGAGAGUUUUUACUAAAGAUGCGCAGGGCAACUUCAAGAUGGCAUUUGGUGGUACUUUAGAAAUCAAGACAUCAAGAGAGAUAAAAAUAUCAGGUGCUAUUGGACCCUGUGUAUCCCUGAAUGCCAAGGGGCCCUGUGUUUCUGAAAAUGAGAUUGGUACGGGUGGGACGUGUCAGUGGAAAAUUUGUGGCCUUAGUCCGACCACAACCCUGGCCGUAUACUUUGAAGUGGUUAAUCAAGUAAGUAAAUAA